GCAAAACCAAAUCUUUCCCCAACACAUCUCCCUCUUCACCUCUCAAACUUUUCCCACCACACCUCAAAAACACCACACACACACACACACCAAAAAAGAAAAUGAAGUCCAAAGUAGGGUGUGUUGCAAUAUUUGUGGCAAUGGUGGUGGUCCUUGCAAUUGGUGAAGUUAAGGUAGCAAAUGCAGUGACAUGCAACCCACUGCAGCUGACCCCUUGCGCGGCGGCGAUCACGUCGGCCGGCAGCCCCACCGUGGCUUGCUGCACCAAGAUAAAGGAGCAGAGACCAUGCCUCUGCCAGUACAUGAAGAACCCUAAUCUGCAGAAGUUCAUCAACUCACCUGGUGCAAAGAAGGUGGCCAGCUCUUGUGGGACCCCUUUUCCCAAAUGCUAAUUAAUUAAUUGCUUUUCUCUCAUCACAUUCUAAUAUCAUGUGAUCAGUUAUCAGUUUUUUUAAGUUGUGUUCGAGUGUCCUAAUAUAUAUAUAUAUAUAUAUAUGUUGUGUCUUCAUCUUAAUAUGGUGCAUGAGUCUGUUGUUUAAUUAAAUUAAACUAGGUCUGUAUGAGUAAUUAAAUGCUACUAUGUUUUUCUUUGCUUGUAAACUUGCCCAUGUUUAAUGAAAAUGUUUUAUUAUGCAUCAA